AUGGUGAUCCCGUCUCACGUUUCGGCCUCCAAGGCGGUCGAGGCUUCGUGGGAAAGCUCGCUUUCGGUGCGAGCAGCCCAGGGACCACCAGUCCGCUCGUGGCUCGACAAAGACAUGCGUGAGGUGGUGAUCAGGCUGCUGGCCAACGACUUUCUCAACGUCUCGGACCUGUCGCUCGACACGCGGGCCUACCUCGUCGAAACCGCCCUCCCGGCGCUGAUUCUGGCUCUGGAGAAGCUGCUCAGGGAAGCCGAGAAACGGAACGCGUUCUCGACCUUUCCCAUGCCCGCAACCGGAGGAGAAGACCACAGCCUGGUACAGCCCGACCGGCCAAAUGAACUCCCAUUCAGCCCUCUGAACUGGCUCGCCCAGUACCUCUACCGCAACAAUCCCAGAUAUGCCAACUUUACCGACACCACGGGCUCGCCGUACCUCCAGGCCAUGCACACCGUCAACAUCCAGCUCAAGGCUCGUCUCUUUGAGCUGGAGACCAACAAUCGAGCCCGCAAGCGGGCUGAGGAGCUCGCCCGCAUUCGCGAGGAGGCUCGGCGCCAGGCGCUCAGAACAGCGCAAAUGGAAGAGCGGCGCCGGAUGUUCAUUGAGCUCCUCGAGAACACGUUCAGGUCCUGGACAGCCAAGUUGUGGAGGGUCUCGCCGGGAUUCUUGUUCCAUGAGGAACUGAUGGAAGCAUACAAGGUGGCGCUAUUGAUGGAGGAUAUCCAGCUGAAUCCCGAGAUGCUUGACAAAGUCAUGCUCUUGAUCCAAAGCUUGCUCGAGGGUGCGGCAAAGUCAUCCAAUCCCUUUGACCAGGAGCCGCCGGCGACGAGCGAGGGCGAGAGUGCACCCUCGACGCAGAGCCGUCGCACAUCGAACGCACUGGGCCCGCUCGACGCUCCGUCAAGCAUCGUCGUUUUUGAUCGCUGGGACAUUUCCAACUACGUUGACGUGUCGCUCAAGCUCAUGAAAGACUGGAGCGUCGACGAGCUCUCUGUUUUCCUCAGAUCGCUGGUUGGAUACAUCGACCAACAGGGCGAGGCACUCAAGUCCGCAUUCGAGCAGACCUUCUUCAUGCCUGAGUUCCCGGACCUGGAUCUGUCGGCGCCGGUGGAUCAGUGGAAGUCCCGAUUCCUGGGCUUGGUUGAGUCCAUCAAUCUGACCGGACCCGAUGCGGCCGAGAUCAAGGAGAUCCUCGCCAUGUUCUGCGAAGAUGACCUUGGGCUCGCCCAAAACAUCCUGGAGCUUGAGGCAGAGUACCGCAGCUUCCUCAAGCGACUGACAGGCAAUUUUGGCAUCAAGGUCUUCCGGAGCCUUAUGCAGCAGCUCCACAGGGCCUUCAACAAACUCAAGAUCACUUACGAGGCAAACAAGGCCCAGAUGGUUGUCCGUGUGUCGCUGACGGAAGCCCGCAAGAUGGCCCUGGGCGACAUCUACACCAUUCUUCAGGAGCUUUCCCCCGACACGCCGACCGGUCAAAGCGGCGUUGCCAUUCAGUUCAACAUUAUCGUUGGCCGGGUGAUCGAAUCGGGGUGCCGACCCGAUAUCAUGAAGGCCCUGCAGGACAUUCGGCUCCCCAGCGACAAGCCCAUCCUGCGCGACGACUUUAUCAGCCACUACCACAAUGCGUGCAGUCUGCUGAAAGAGGACGCCUAUGACGAAGCGCUGCAGCGUCUAGCCGAGGAGACCCAAAUCGAGUUUGAGAACUUCCAGGCAAAGCAAGCGGCCGACCAGGCACAAGUGCAGCAGAGUUCGUCCAUACAAACACGAUUGCUGGAUCGCGCGGCCCUCGAGCAAAAGGCCCUCGAGCGCAUCCGCGAUGCGGCCAAGCGAUGGGAUCUGACCGUUGCUGCAGUCUGCGACAUUGCCAUCGAGUCCAUGACAAAUUGCUUUGACAAGCUGCACGAAAACCACGACAUACAGAUGAGGGUAUCGCUGAUGGAGACAGGAAUGACCAGGGCCCCGGACGACGAAGACGCCCCGAUCACGCCUGGCAUGGAGGCAGAGUACUUGCGAUAUAUUUCGUGCUCUCCAGCCGUCCGCGAUGCCGUUCUGGGCUUGCAAGUGCACUCUGAGAGCGCCAUAGAGUACGACAUCAUUAGGGACAAGCGGUCCAUCACCAUGGAGGAUAUUCGGCAACACGCAAGCUUUGCAACGGUCGAGGGCAUUCCGACGCUUAUGAGCAUGGUCGGACGAUUUCUCGGUGCACCCAUCUUUUCGGACGAUGCCAGGGCCGUGGGAGUGCUUGACAUUACCAUGACUUGCCAAAACAGCGACACGCCAGCCGAGAUCUUUGAUGAUCUGGAUCUGCGCUUUGUGGAGACUGCUAUCAGCGAGCUUUCCAAGGUCCUCUACAGCAUCGACAUAUUCCAAAAGUCCCUUAUCUUGGCCAGAUCGACGGCCAACUGGAUCGCGGAGCAGGGCGAGGGCGAAGUAGAGAUCGACAUCUAUAUUCCUCCACCCAUGGCUCACAAGGGAGCAUCAGGCGAAGGGCAGAUCCUGCUCAAGAUCGAAGAGAACCCUGAUGGGGUGGAGUUGACGAGCGCAAUGAUGGCAUCGCCGUUUAUGCGGCCCAAUACCUUUGUCGUCCACCCGGUCGUGCCCGGUGCAGAAACCGUCCGUCUGUUCAAGGCGCAGGAGACCCUCAAGGUCAUUGAUGAAGAGGAUCCGGAGAGCCAUUUGGUUCACACUACCAUCCCCGUCAUUGACGAGCAUGGGCAAUGCGCAGCCGUGAUCGACUGUCGUCCAACGGGCAAGCCCAAGACCGGUGAGAUCAAGAAGCUGCAGGAGGGCGACCUCGAGGACAUCAAACGAGCGGUGCGCAUCCUCACGAAUGCCAUCGACUAUGUCCACAAGGACCACUUUGCCAAACGCGACGACGCAUCUCGCCUCGAUGCCGAGAAUAUCGACGACGAAGCUCGAAGAGACAUUCUGUUCUCCAAGAUGAUGCUUCUGAGCGCGCGUGAGUCACUCGCCAACCUCGACUCACAGGCUAUUUCGGAGCUGCGAAGCUACAAGAAGCCUCCAGCAACCGUUCUCAAGAUCAUUCAGGCUGUGCUUUACAUUUUUGGGAAACAUCCCAAGGACGUCAAAACCUGGCCGAACGCUGUCAAGUUUGUCAACAUGGAUCUGCUCAAGCAAAUGGUUCUGUACGAUCCAACGGCAGUCCAGAAGAAGAUCCGGUUCAAGCGCGUCAAAAAGGUCCUCAAGACCAUUCCGCACGGCGACGUGAAGGCUCGCGGAUCCAAGCCCGCCCAACACAUGUUCGACUGGCUGGUGGUUUCGCUGACGCUGCGCCAGAAGGCCCUGGAUGCCCGCAAGCGCCGUGCCGACCUGUUUGCAAAGCAAAAGGCCGCUGCCGAGGCCGAAGGCGAGGAGGACGAAGACGAGACCCUGAUUGUGGACGACUCGCGCCCUGGCACGGCCGAAGGCGGGGCUGGGGCUGGACAGGACGACGAUAUCGUCCUUGAGGACGACUCGGUUGUGGCGACUGUGAAGCUCGGCGAUCAGGAAUGAAGCCGGGGACACGAUCUGGUCAGGGUGGCUCAGCUGUCCGAGAAUCUGGCAGGAAUGGAAUGGAAUGGAUAGCCGCGUGAAUACAGCGAGCGACUAAUUGAAUCGUGGACGUACUGCGUCGCCUUUUGUUCUUGGGAGGGGUCGGUGCCGUGCACUGUGGCUGGGUGAGGCGCAUCACGCAUUUGAGGUCAAAGACGGGAAAUCGCUGCACGAAAGUCGGGUCAUAUACGCCCAUAAUACAUGUAUUGGAUACAAUCACUUGGAUGCUAUCGAGCGUCUGUCCGAGGGUUGGAGCAGCAGAGCUGCUGGAGCGAGUGUUUCGCCGGCUGCUCCAACAACGGUCAUCGCCAGGACGAGUGUGGUACAUGCUCGACGGAAGAAAAGAUCAUCCCGAGGUUCCCACGUUAUUGGAUGAAGUUCAGGAUCUUGGAU